CGAUUUCGUAUAAUUUUUGACUUCAUAUUUUCAAACCCAACUCCCUCUUUCUGUGACGUACUAUCAAUCUCCCUGUAUAUUUAUAUAUACAUGCAAAGCAGCUUCGCCGGCGAUUAUCUGAUCGGAAGUGGCAAAGGUGUUGUGAUAACUGAUGUUCAGUGUAUAAAUGUCGACGGAACGGCUUAUUUCGAAAGGUUCUUUGCAAUCGCACCAUGGGUCUCUAUCUCGCCACUCUUCGUUGUAUUGCCCCGAACCGAUCCGUAUCUUCGAUGAACUCCCAAAGGCUACCAUUCUAUCUGUUUCCCGAGCCGACGUCAGUGAUAUCGGACCCUUGCUUCUCUCUUACACCAUUCAACUCGAAUAUAAACAGUUCAAGUGGUGCUUACUAAAGAAGGCGUCACAACUUAUCUACUUACACUUUGCAUUGAAGAAGCGAGCAAUAGUUGAGGAAAUCUAUGAGAAGCAAGAGCAGGUUAAGGAUUGGCUUCAACACAUAGGAAUAGGAGAUCAGACAGCAAUUGUGCAUGACAAUGAUGAACCCGAUGAUGGAGCUAUUCCUGUACAUAAUGAGGAUAGCACUAAAAAGAGAUCUGUUCCAACUAGGGCUGCGCUCGCAAUUAUAAGACCAUCAAUCAGGAGGACGACUGUUUUGGAAAGAGCAAAAGUUGCAAUGCAAAAUUAUCUUAACCACUUCCUUGGAAACAUAGAUAUUGUGAAUUCUCGUGAGGUUUGCCAAUUUCUGGAGGUCUCUAAGUUAUCGUUUUCUCCAGAGUAUGGUCCAAAAUUGAAAGAGGGGUAUAUUUUGGUUCAGCAUUUAAGUCAUAUCCAAAGCAAUGAUGCAGAUGCUGGAUGUUUUAUGUGCUGUUGUUGCAGAAACAAUUGGCAGAAGGUUUGGGCUGUAUUAAAGCCUGGAUUUUUGGCUCUUCUAGAAGAUUCUUUUAGUACCAAGCUCUUAGAUAUCAUUGUUUUUGAUGCUCUGCCACCUUCAAAUGGAGAAAAAGAGGAUCAAGUACUUUUGGCAGAGGAAGUAAAAGAAAGGAACCCUCUUCGUUAUGCAUUUAAGGUUACAUGUGGAAACCGAAGUACAAAGAUAAGAAGUACAAGCAAAGCAAAAGUCAGAAAUUGGAUAACAGCCAUCAACAAUACAGGUCAAAAGCCAAUUGAAGGUUGGUGCAAUUCUCACCGUUUUGGUUCUUUUGCUCCACAAAGGGGUUUGACAGAUGAUGGUAGUCAAGCUCAAUGGUUCGUAGAUGGACAAGUAGCAUUUGAAGCAAUUGCUUUAUCGAUAGCAAAUGCAAAAUCGGAGAUCUAUGUUACUGGGUGGUGGCUCUGUCCAGAACUAUAUUUAAGGCGCCCAUUUCAUGCAAAUGGGCCUUCUCGGCUUGAUGCACUUUUUGAAGCUAAAGCCAAGGAAGGUGUGAAGAUAUACAUUCUUAUGUACAAGGAGGUUGCAAUUGCUUUAAAAAUCAAUAGUUUAUACAGCCAGAAAAGGCUUCUUAACAUUCAUGAGAACGUGAAAGUGUUGCGCUAUCCUGACCACUUUGCGGCUGGCAUUUACUUGUGGUCACAUCAUGAAAAAAUCGUAGUUGUUGAUCACCAGAUCUGCUUUCUUGGGGGAUUAGAUCUAUGCUUUGGUCGUUACGACACAAUUGAACACAAAGUCAGUGAUUGCCCUCCUUUUAUAUGGCCUGGAAAGGACUAUUACAACCCCAGGGAAUCUGAACCAAAUUCUUGGGUGGACACCAUGACAGAUGAAUUAGACCGCAGAAAAUAUCCUCGCAUGCCAUGGCAUGAUGUUCACUGUGCUCUUUGGGGACCUCCAUGUCGUGAUGUAGCAAGACAUUUUGUCCAACGUUGGAACCAUGCCAAGAGAAACAAAGCCCCAAACGAACAAACAAUUCCACUACUAAUGCCACAGCAACACAUGGUUCUCCCGCACUACAUGGGGAGAAGUCAAAAAUUAGACAUUGAGAGUAAGCCUACCGAUGGAAACCAAAUAGACAUUAUGCAGGGUUCGUCUUCCUAUGAGUCACCAUCACAAGAUAUACAUUUUCUUUUGCCUCAAGAAGCUGAUGUGAUAGAUUCUUCAAAUGCCAAUAACACGUUGAACGGGCUCGACCAGAGAAACCAACUUGAUCUAUCACAUGAUGAACAUUUAAACCAUGCUGUGCAAACAGUAGAUUCAGCAGAUGAUUUUGAUUCCAUGGAUCGUCAGCAUGAAAAUAGCACGGGGUCAACUAGCUUUGGAUCUGAAAUAUCAGAUGAGGGGUGUGAAAAGCAAGAAGUUUCUAGUGGUGAUAUUUCACAAGUCAGUCCCCGUACGUCGUGCUCUUGUCAGGUUAUCAGAAGUGUAUGCCAUUGGUCUGGGGGAACAAGUCAAACUGAAGACAGCAUUCAUAAAGCUUAUUGUUCUCUAAUUGAGAAAGCAGAAAAGUUCGUUUACAUUGAGAAUCAGUUUUUCAUUUCAGGCCUAUCAGAUGAUGAUGUCAUACAGAAUCGCGUCUUGGAAGCUUUAUACAGACGUAUCUUACGUGCACAUAAAGAGGAAAAGUGCUUUAGAGUUAUCGUUGUUAUACCACUUUUACCAGGAUUCCAGGGGGGUCUGGAUGAUGGUGGGGCUGCAACUGUGAGAGCUAUAAUGCAUUGGCAGUAUCGAACCAUUUGCAGAGGACAGAAUUCGAUACUACACAACCUCAACUCACUUCUUGGUCCUAAAACAGAUGAAUAUAUAUCAUUCUAUGGUCUCAGGACAUAUGGCAGACUUGGUGAUGAUGGUCCAAUUGUUACAAGUCAGGUGUAUGUGCACAGUAAAGUGAUGAUAGUUGAUGACCGUAUCACCUUAAUUGGAUCAUCCAACAUAAAUGAUAGGAGUUUGCUUGGACACAGGGAUUCUGAGAUUGGGAUUCUCAUUAAAGAUAGAGAAUUUACUGAAUCAACAAUGAAUGGAGAGCCUUGGAAUGCUGGGAAAUUCGCUAAUAGCCUUCGGCUUUCUCUGUGGUCUGAACAUCUUGGUCUUCAUGGUGAUGAGAUAAGGGAGAUUAGAGACCCGAUAGCAGACAAGACAUACAAAGAUUUGUGGUCCGCAACUGCAAGGGCAAACUCCCAAAUUUACCAGGAUGUGUUUUCUUGCAUCCCAAAUGAUUCGAUACACUCAAGAUAUGCAUUCCGACAAAGCAUGAACUUCUGGAAAGAAAAACUUGGUCAUACCACGAUCGAUUUAGGUGUAGCUCCUGAGAAACUUGAAUCUUUGACAUCGAUGGAAAUAUUAAAGCAAGUAAGAGGUUUUCUUGUUUCGUUUCCGUUACAGUUCAUGUGUCAAGAAGAUUUAAGACCAAUGUUUAGUGAGAGUGAGUUCUAUGCAUCUCCUCAGGUCUUUUACUAGCCAUUCAACUAGGGAGAAAUGUACAUGAAUUUUAUCAUCUUCUUUUUCCAAAAUAUCCAUUAUUUUCAAAUAGUAAUUUUUAUUUGUUUUCAGUCUAUUUUUCUUGUAAAUUUGGGGGAGAUAAGGAUGGUUGGUGUAGAUCAUUGAUGUUGGGUAGAAAUAACUGUAAAUUGUUCAAUGUGGAUC